AUGGCGCUUCUUCAGACCUCGCUGAUCUGGAUCGUGUAUGCCGUCGUCAUAGCCGUCCUCCUCGCGGUAGCCUCGGUCUUCAUCUACAUUUACCAAACUCCACGGGAUCGCUCUCCCUCGGUAACUCUGACGUGUAUCAUCGCGAUCACUAGUCUGCUGGCGACAGUUCUUCUGCUGCCUGUGGAUGUUGCCUUGGUAUCGUCGACUGCCUCAUCUAAGCUUGGUCGCCGCAAAGACUGGGCCACCCAAGAUGUCGUGGACCGAAUCACUUAUUCCUUGACCAUUGUUUACUAUACUCUGUAUUCACUGGACGCGUUACUUUGUCUUUUGGUCCUUCCUUUCACUUACUUUUGGUAUGAGGAAUAUGAUGAAGUUGCCGCUGAGGCAGGAGAGCAAACGCUGGGACAACGGUUCUGGGGCGCUCUCAAGUACACCCUUUCGUUCGUCGCUAUUGUAGUGAUUCUGUUCCUUGUUGGUUUCUUUGCUCCCGUAUCCAAAGAUAAGGGCAACCUGGAUCUGGACUAUUUCAAGCGGUUGCUGACCGAGAACCAUGGAGAACGCGCGUUGACGUUCGCCCUUGGGCUACUCAUUACCCUUGGUAUCUGUAUCUAUGUCUUGUACACAUCGGCAGGUCUUGCUUUGUUCCCAAUCAGCCUGAUCAAGACCGCACCGUCAAUCUCUAGCCCUACCUUGCGCGCAACUACUGCGCAACAGCUGGAAGCAAACCGAGAGCGGCAGCGACAACUUGAGGGUCGCUGUGGCGGUAAUCCCGAACUCCUGCCAUCCAAGGAUCGCAGGGAGUUGGAUACUCUCAGCCGAGAGGAGAGGACUUUGAUCCGGCGGCAACGUCUUGUCGAGGAAGCACAAGGUGAAGGCCGAGGCUGGUUGAUGCGAGCAUGGUACAAGAUUGGAGCCAUUUUCCGCCCGUUCAAGCUACUUGGUGGUAUUCUACUGCUGUUGAUUGCCUUUGUAACAUGGGUGUCGAUGCUUUUGACAUCUAUCGACAAAGCGAAAAACUCGAUUUGCAAGCACCGCUGUGGAUACAUCCUCGGCCACAUCAAUGUCUUCAAUCCGGUGAACUGGGUCCUGGUUCAAUCUGCCAAGGUGUUCCCGGUCGACUAUGCUAUUUUCACAGCUCUCGUCCUCCUACUGUUCUGCAGCUCCGUGGUUGGUAUUGCAGUGGUUGGAAUUCGCUUCCUCUGGAUCAGGAUUUUCCAGAUCCGCAAGGGUCACACUUCACCCCAGGCACUCCUCCUGGCAACGGCCAUGUUGAUGCUUAUUAUACUGGCAUUGAACUAUUCCGUAUCCAUGGUAGUCGCUCCACAAUACGCUACGUUUGGACCACAGACAUUCUGCGACCGCACUCCGAGCUCGCCUGGAGAACAGCCUGAUUGUACUAACAGCGAAGACCUCAUCAAACCAUGCUCCGAGUUAGCAGAGAAUCCAGCAGCUCGCCAAGUGUGCACCCCCAGUGUUGUCAGCACUUUCUUGAACCGCGUCACUCUCAACUUCCCCUUCUUCGGCGUUGUCUUCUUCUGGGCACAGUUUGUCUUCCUCGCCAUCUAUCUGAUCGUGUUUGUGACCACUCUAUUCCGAGCACCGAAGCUGGAUGAACGACAAAUCGACGAGGAUGCCGAGGAAGCGGAAGAAGAAGGCCUACUGGCAAGUACUGGUAGGCGAUUCGGUGCUACUUGGCAAGACAUCACUGGUAGGGCUGGUCAUAGCGGACAUCCUAAUGAUUGA